ACAUUUCUUAGCAUUAUAAAUAGGAGUGUCAUUCCAGAGAAAUUAAAAGUAUCUCUAGUGAAAGAUUGAAGAGCUGAACAAUGGCUACCAUCAUUGUUCCUGAAAAUGUUUCCAUCCAUGAAGACGCAGAAAAUCUCCAAAAAGCUUGUAAAGGAUGGGGGACUGAUGAGAAAGCAAUAAUCAAUAUACUUGGACAUAGGAAUGCAAUUCAAAGGAAGCAAAUUAGGCAAGCUUAUGAGGAGCUUUAUCAAGAAGAUCUCAUCAAGCGCCUUGAGUCCGAGCUCUCCGGGGACUUUGAGAAAGCAGUAUACAGGUGGAUAUUGGACCCAGUAGAUCGAGAUGCUGUUUUGGCUAAUGUAGCCAUUAAGAAAGCUGAGACAGAGUUUCCUGUUAUCAUUGAACUUUCAUGCAUCUACUCUCCUGAAGAGCUCUUGGCAGUGAAGCGUGCCUACCAAAGCCGCUACAAACGUUCUUUGGAAGAAGAUGUGGCUGCACAUACCACCGGGGAUUUGCGCAAGUUCUUUGUUGGCCUAGUGACUACUUACCGGUAUGAUGGCCCUGAGAUAAAUGAAACAUUAGCAAAAUCUGAAGCUGAUAUUCUUCAUGAAGCUAUCAAAGACAAAAUAUUUAAUCAUGAAGAAGUUAUCAGGAUCCUGACAACAAGGAGCAAGGCACAACUCAAGGCAUCUUUUAACCGCUAUAGAGAUAAGCAUGGUACUUCCAUCACUAAGAUGUUGUUGAAAGAUGAAUCUAAUGUGCUCCAAAAGGCGCUGCAUGCUGCCAUUCGAGGCAUUGAGGACCCAAAGAAGUACUAUGAAAGGUAUUGCGCAAUGCAAUCAAAAGGUCUGGGACUGAUGAGGAUGCACUCACUCGUGUGAUCAUUACGAGGGCAGAGAAGGACUUGAAAGACCUCAAGGAGCUUUACCAUGAGAGGAACAGUGUAGCCCUUGAUGAUGCAGUGUCCAAGGAAACUGCAGGGGAUUACAAGAAGUUCCUGCUCACUCUGUUAGGGAAGGAAGAUUAAGGUUCUUUCCUAUGGGGCAUUUUAGAAUUUAUGUCAUGAAUGGUGAUGUUUAUGAGUUGGACUUUGUUGCUUCGAGUCUUUAUUUUCCAUGGUGUUGUCUUGAACUUCUAUGUAUUGUGACUAUAUAUGUUAUCUUGGCUUUUUAAGAUCCCUAUGGUUUAGUA